GGGGAGGUCAGGUUUAAACAUGCACAUGGGCUCGGAAGUUGUCUGAAACUGCUCCUCAUACCAUCUUUCGCUUUUUUGUGUACUUUUCUGUAUAAUGUCAUCAGUAGAGAUCAUAGAGGAUCUACACCACCUCCCGCCGCUACCUCGUUCAGCAUCGAACCCUAAACCGAAAGGGAUUUUGAAGAACGCAGCACCUGCGGCGUCUGGGCAGCAGCAGCACAGUUUACAGUGGGAUGAAGAGAAUUUAGCUUUGACAGAAAUUCAGAAGGAUAGUUUGAUGAAGAUUACGGAGCCAAAGACGCCCUAUGUGAGAUAUAACGCUGAGACGGAUGAGAUUGAAGGAGAUAUCCCUUCGCUAGAUCUUGGUGGACGAUUUCACUCUUCGCCGGUCUCGCCUGUGCGAACCAUAUCACCUACAGGUGCAGAUACGUCUGGACCCUCGUCACGUCGGACAUCAAUUUCAAGCGCAGGUAGACCAUCUGCGUCUACUACAUCAGGCCGAUCAGGCAGUGCCAACUCGAGUAGGAGCACUAGUUUCAAUCUACCGAACGAGGCGAGGGGGGAGAUAAGGGCGCUCAAGGGCGACCCUGGAGAAGAAGUAGAGAUGGAUGAGGAGAUGGACGAGGAAGCCGCCGCUAAGCACGCUGCUUUUGUUCGUGCUCGAGGAAGACAUUACUCCAAUGAAGCCGAAGCUAUGAAAAUGGCCUCGAAGCUCAUGGAGUCGGAAGACGAUGUCGAAGAUGGCGAUCCUGAUUUUACCGAUGCCGAUGGUGAUGAGUCCAUGGAGGGACCUGUCGUCAAUGGUGUUGCUCACGGCGCGUGAAUAUACGCUCAGCGAGAACAGCGUUUGCAUGAUGCGACAGGAACAGAACCCAUGAGCAGGAAGGUAGAUGAAUGGUUGUGUUUUUUUACUGUAUCCAUCUUAGUGGACGUUUUGACGUCGUACUGUGCAUAGUAUUUAUGCCCUGGUUGUACUUGUAUAGUUCGUAAGAUUUUGUACUGGCUACUUUUACUUCUUUGCCAUUCUAUGUUUUCUGUCUGAGUCACGUGUUUCGCGCGACACGCGCUAUCGAUCGGACCUGCUUCAAAAUUUUAG